CUGAGCUUUGACAGCAACAGCUCAAGAGCGGCUGAAGGCUCCAGGCAGCUGCUGGGACUCUGGACACCUGCUGCUACAGAGGCGGCACAAGAAGUCCAUCACCUGGCGAGGUCGUUCCUCCUUUGUAAAAUCUCCACAGCUGUUAAAGGCAAUCAGUCAUGUCAUCUGCAGUGCUGUUCAAUAUGCUGCGUUGUGGUCGCUCCACAAUCUCCAGACAAACCUUCCUCUCCAUACGAUCCUCACCAGAAACCUCCACGGCCUCUGGACAGGUGGGCGGGGCAUUGUUUGGGACGGUGGGCGUGCGGCAGGGAAGUGGAUCAGUCAGAUUGGACGGUGACAUCAGCGUCCGUCCAGUGACCUGGGACUCAUUUGGUAUUUGGGACAACAGGAUAGAAGAACCAAUACUACUGCCCUCCAGUAUCAGAUAUGGAAGACCCAUCCCACAGGUCAGUCUGUCUCGGGUCGGCAGUACGUCUGUUCUCGGUCUUAGGAAUCAGAACGAGGACCGUCUCCGCAUCGGCCGUAUUCAUGACAACCUACUGUACUUCGCUGUGUUCGACGGCCAUGGUGGCCCGCAUGCUGCAGACUACUGCUACACCUUCAUGGAGAAAUUUAUCAGAGAUGCUUUGGAACAGGAUGAUGAUCUGGAGAAAGUUUUAAAGAAAGCCUUUUUAGAUGCUGACAAGGCUCUACACACACAUCUCAGCUACUUCAACAAUGCCUCUUUCCUGACAGCUGGCACCACUGCAACGGUUGCUUUACUACGUGACGGCGUAGAGCUGGUGGUCGGUAGCGUUGGUGACAGUCGGGCAAUGUUGUGCAGGAAUGGAAAAGCCAACAAGCUCACCACAGACCACACACCUGACUGCGAGGACGAGAGACACCGGAUCCAGAGGUUUGGAGGUUAUGUGACAUGGAACAGCGUGGGUCAGGCUAAUGUUAACGGGAGGCUGGCCAUGACACGAAGCAUUGGAGACUUCCACCUGAAAGCUAGCGGUGUUAUCGCAGAGCCAGAUACCCAACGACACACCGUAAGUUUUCCUACUGUUUCCUCAGUCCUCUGACUUUCAAGUGAGUUU